AUGGGCAUCAUCAAGGACGCCAUCUCAAAUCUUAUCGGGCUCUCAGCGGAGCUCAAUGCUGCUCGGAAAGAGCGCAAGGAGCUCAGCAAGGCCGACGGUCGUGCGGCAGCUGAUUCAUCGAUCAUCAGUUCGGAAGCACCCGACGCUAAAGUACUAGACGGGGAAAGCGACCUCGAUUCUGACAAUGAGGCAUGGAUUCUGGACGAAGCAGCUGGGCAGGCAGACCUACCUAAUGACGCAGCUGUGCCUCAGACCAGUGCCGAGCUUCAGGCAGGCAAACGCCCUACGGCUGUCCCCGAUCUUAUCAAGCUUGUCUUGAAUUCGCCUGGCCUCUCACCACCUACCUACACGGGAGAUGAACAACCUCUGCCUGGGCCCGUCAUUCUGCCCCAGCGACGCCCAGGUGCGCGUAACAGAGGCUUCGUCAGAGCGUACGCGCCCGAUCUCGCUGCUGCAGGCAUCGAUGAGGCUACCUUUCUGACUUUUCUGAAGAUGUACCAGCACGCACAGCAAGCUUCUCCCAUCUACGAGACUGUCGUCAUCGGCGGGCUCAGUCCAAGCAUCCUGGCCACCGCCGCUUGCACGCUCGCCAAUUCAGCAGCUCAAGCCACAAAGGAAGUGACGGGAGGCCGCGGUCAAGGCCAGCAAUUCCUGGCGGGGAUGAACAAGCACCUCUUCAGGCCACGUGGUCUGUUUGCGCUCGUCAUGUGCUUCAAGCCAGGCGCAGGUCACUCGGUUUCGCUGGGACAAUUUGAUGAAACGACGAGCAUAGUCCAGACAGCGAUGACUGAUCAAGCAGGCUUGUCCACGCCCAAAGCAGUCGCGGGCACAACGGAAGGCGAGAUGGCUUUACCCUACGCCGUCCCUCUCGUCUUCCCUGGGGUCGAUCAAAAGAGCUCCGAGUCAAAGAAGGCCUUGUCGAACUCCAAAGUCAUCGCCAAUUACUUUGACAAGCGUGCUCAGGCAAAAUACGCUGCCCAGAAUCCUGGAUCAUCUCUCACUCAGCAAAGGCCCUCUUUCGCUUCCCGAUUUGGCGAUCCGACGCAUGCUGCUAAUCAAGGAGGCCUAGUCUCACUUGUCUCUGGGGGCACUAUCGGCAAAGGAAAGCGACGCGCCGGGAUGCAGAACCUAUUCACUGCUGAUGGCACACCAGCGACGCAAGCGAUGGGUCGUCGCGGCGCCCGUGUCCGCGGCAGAGGCGGUGUGCUUCGUGGACGCAUCAUCAAGAACAGCGUACUCUAUCUGAUGGUCACAAAUCUGCCCUCGGAGCAAGAGCUUACCACAGCCCAACAUGAUAUCGACCUUGCUGACGAGAAGGACGCGGAAGCCAGCGCUCCAAAAUCGGAGAUAGUAGUCUGA